AAAAAAAAAUACUCACAGGUAAAGUAUUCACAGGAUUUGUGUGCACUGUGCAAUAUUGAUUUGUAGUCUUCACCCUGAAUAAAGAAAGACAUACCCAGUUUGGGCCAUGAAAUAUAAUGACCUGCAGAUGGAAUGUGAAGUAGCGCCUCCCUAUCCACUUUCUCCCAUUCCCUCCCACCCGUCUCCUCCCUCUCUCGUGCUCUCUGCAGAACAGCCGCAUCCCUUUGCAUCAAUCAGCAGCCAUGUUAAAGGUGAACCUACAGUCCUCCACCACCUUUCCACUUCCUCCUGAGCUCUCGUUCUCUCUUCAGUGUUCUUGCGCUCUCACUCUCUGUCAGCAUCUGUUUGUCAGUUUAAUUUCUUAUCCUCUUAACCUUUUGCUGUAACCUCUUUCUAGCUGUCCGCCGUGUUCUCUUCCACACGUCUUCCUGUCCUUGUCUCAAAUCACCAUUUCUGCUUGCUCAUGUACUCUCAUCCUCUCUUUCUCCUCGGCUGCACACACUUCUUCUGUUUGAUAUCAGUAAUGGGCGAUGGAGCAGCAGGCUGUGCAGUCUCUCUCUCUCUCUCUCGUUCUUUCUCUCAUACCCACUCACCCGCCACUACAAAGAUGCAUGCAUAAAGAUACGGCUGCAGCAGUAACGGUGCAGCUUAGCCAUAACCGCAAACAUCAGUGUUCAGAUGUGCAUAAACACGUACUGGACCAGAGAAAAGCAUGUUUCAUUAGGUGAGCGAGGGGCAGAUGGAGAACACGAGCAUGUGAGCGCCUGUGCAUUUAAAUUCAUAGCUGUUCAUAAUCUUUUUUUGGAGGAGUGAGGGUGGGCUCAUCUGAAAUAACACCACCCGGACCGCCAUUAUUUAUUCUACGUGAUGGAAAAUGUUAAAAGCUGCCUCGCGCCAGGUGCCGUUUUUGUUUUGACACCAGUGGUUGCAUUGCUGCAUCCACCUCACGACAUUCAAGCGCUUCUCUCGUGUUAGCACGCUGAUCCAUUUCCCCCGCACUCUCUCAUUCCGGCUACCCUUUUGCAGUGGUUAAUGAAGUUGCAGUGCUUGCUAGCACGGUGCAUCUCUUUUCCGCUGCUAAUAAUGCACAGACAGCAGCGGAGCUGCCCUGCCCGACUAUUUAUAAACUCCACAGUGGACGAAAAAACCCUGGUGGCCAGCUAGCGAGCGUACAGGAGGAACUAGACCUAUAGCGGGCUGCAGUGGAGCAGACUGAUGCCCCCUGCCACCUCUGGACUGGGCAUCUCACGCAGAGAGGGCACUGGGACUAGGGUGAACGAAAAAGAGAGAGAGUGUGUGUGUGAGAGAGAGUGAGCAAGCAGGAUAGACUUAUAGGAGAGACUGCGAUCGCAGUAGAGAGCAGCAAGUGACGAGUUGAAUCUAAUAGAAAAAGCUGUAACACUUUCGCCUGCAAACAAAACAUCUCUUUCCAGCCAUCAGUGGAUUGCAGGAACGAGGAAGGUGUGAGCGAUGAUUUCCGCUCUCCGUCCACUGAAGCGCUUUCUCUGAUUAACUGAAAUAAAGAUGACUGUGGUCAAUCCCAGCACUCUUGGUCUGGUGGACAGUUCCCACCCCAAAGCUGUCCUCAGUCAUCUUAGUGAACAGCGUUCACAAGGCCUGUUCUGUGACGUAAUAAUCGUUGUGGAGGAUGUCAAAUUCCGGGCUCAUCGCAACAUACUGGCUGCCACAAGUGGAUAUUUUCGUAAUGCUUUUAAAACGACUGAGGUCUACACAUCCAGCCAAGUGCUGGAGCUAACAGACCUAAAAUCUGAAGUCUUUGCUAGCAUCCUAAACUUCAUCUACAAUGCCAGAGUGGAGUCAAGUAGUACAGAGGACAGCAGGUCUUUGGUGGCAGCUGGAAAGCGUUUAGGAAUUCCCUUUCUGGAGAAAUUGCUAGACUCUGAAAGGCAGAGCUCUGGUCUCUUGCAAGGCCAAGCCUCUGCAAGCUGCGAAAGAUCAAACAGUCGGUCAAAGUUGGCAGACACAUGCACACUGAAAAAAGAAACCCUCAAGCCUGAAGAGUUAGACUGCUCUAAGGGCCCAAGGAUCACCAAUGCUUUCUCCAUUACUGAGGUUGAGGCAGUAAACAACCCAUUCUCUACACUGGAUCACCGUAACAAAGUUAUUGAGGGACUUGAGGAAGGGCAACCUCCUUCUAGCUCCCAAGAUACAAGCAUAUCACCCAUAGAGAGUGAGCCUGCCAAUGCCCUAACUGAGCACUCAUAUGCAGUGAGCCAGGGGCAAGAAUCUAAAGAGGUUAACCAGGAGAACGAUAACAGAACCAUCAUGCCUGUCGUGCCUCCAGCUAAGGCUUUGGUUACCCAUAGACUUGGACCUAUAAAGAAGCGUCGUAUACAUGGUAAUGGAAUUCCACCUCUCUCAAGUGAGCCAGUUGCAACUGUGCCCACUAUUACAGGCACAUCUGCAGUGGAAAAUGCUACUGUUGCUCCAUUAUCUUCCUCCCAGUUGUCCUCAGAUGCAGCACCAGAGAUACAUUCCAGCCUCGAUCUGUUGCCACCCCUUGACAUUACACCCUCUCAGGAUGCAGAGCCACCCUGCCUCAGUCCUCAGAAUACACCCAGUGUCCCCACCUUCAGCUGCCAGCAAUGCACUGAGACCUUUAGCGACUCAGCGCUUCUCACCAGCCACAUGCAAAUACACAAGAGAUUUGUCAGUCAUUUGUUUUGCAAGUACUGCCAUAAAAAGUUUAUGCAUCUGAAAAGAUUGCGCAAUCAUGAGCAGGUUUGUGUGAAAUCUCUAAAAGGUCCAUCUGAGUUAGAGACAAAUAAUAAAGACUCUUUGAGAGCCCCAGUCUCUAACGAUACAUCUACUGCAAAUACCACACAAUAUUCUUUACCUCCACCAGAUCUCCAUAUCCCUUUAAAUUUAGACCCCACAUUGACUAGCCCCCUUGAGAUGUCUCAGGAUCAAGUUAGUGGGACCCUAAAAACAAAAAGCACUUCAAGGACUUAUAAAUGUUCUGUAUGCAAACGAGCUUAUGUGACCCUUUCCAGCCUAAAAAGACAUGAGAAUGUACACUCAUGGCAUAGAGCCUAUCCUUGCCACUACUGCAACAAAGUUUUUGCUCUGGCUGAAUACCGUACCAAACAUGAGAUCUGGCAUACCGGGGAACGCCGGUACCAGUGCAUUUUCUGCUUGGAGACCUUCUUGACUUAUUACAUCCUCAAGAAUCACCAGAAGACCUUCCAUGGCAUUGAUCCACAGCUGGCUGUCAAUAAAAAAUCCGCAAAUGGUGGAUUCAAGAGUAGUGUCUACCCCAUAAAGCUUUACAGGCUUCUCCCAAUGAAGUUUAGAAAGAAACGUUACAAGUCAUACAGUCAGACAUACUCUGAAGAGAUCGAGGGCAAUGAUGAGUCCUGCAGUGCACCACUGGGCAGCUGUUCCCCCCACACUCUUUUUGACAGUACAGUACCGACAACUAAUUCAGAUGUUGUUAGUGGUCAGUCCUUAUUUUCAAUGCCGGUGACAUUCAUGGCCACUCCGAAAAUGAUGGCAUCAGAAACACCUCGCAUCAGCUUUGACCAACCAUGUGACCAAAAGAUAGGAUUUCCUGUGCCAUCUGAGAUAGACCAAUCCCUGAAAAACCUCUCUACUGGUUUCAAGAAAAAGUCUGGAUUUGAUGGAAAAGGGUCACCGCUCUUCAGCUACAGGUUUACAGAUUCUUCACAAGCAAUACAGAAAAACACAGGGUCCUCUCUGAUUACGCAUGGAAGUGACAGGGAUUCUCCAACAGAGAAAAACACAGAAAACAGCACAGACAUUCUUCCAUUCCUCAACAUUCCAUCUGUGUGCUCCUUCGAAGGGUUGAGCAAGCUGAGUGAACUGUCAGCAGCAGCACAAACCAUUGAGGACAUGGCUAAUCAGCUGCUGCAAGCAAGACCUGAGAGCAUAACAGCAGAUCAACCACCUAGUGGAAAGACAGAAACGUACAUUGCUAAGCCUGCAUGCCCAGGCCCAUCAAUUGAUAGCCAAGUCCUUCCCCUCUGCCAAAUAACAGUGAAAAUUGGCAACGAGGCAAUUGUUCGACGAAAAAUAAAAGGCUCAAAGCUAUUUCCAAAAAAGAGGAAAAGGAAAAGCUGGAGACUAGAGGGCAUAGGUCAAAAAAGCCCUGCAGAGGAGAGUAUUGGAAGUCCAAGUUUGAGGGUGAGGGCAGAAGUUACAACCUCAGUUACAGAAAAAGAAUCAUAUGAUGACCUACAUGAUCCUGAAAGCGACAAACUAUGGCGCCCCUAUUACACAUAUAAACCUAAAAAGAAGUGUAAGAAAGUGAAAGGAAAACGAAAAAGGAUGAAACAUCUGAAAUACUACACUAGGCCCUUGUCACCUCAAGCCAAUGCUGACAUCAGAGAAACACCGUUCUGUCCAGAUGAGAGGAUCUCAGCAGACAACUAUGGGGUCAGGAGGGAGCCAAGGCAUAGCAGCCAAAAGGAAGCUUUCCCCUGCCACAGCUGUGAGAGCUCUUUCCCUAGUCAGACCACCCUCAGCAUGCACAUCAUCAGCUGCCAUCAGCCACACUGCAGAAUAUGUGGUAAACAAUGUCCCCCUGAAGACACAUCCAGCACAGCUGGGCCCACUGGAGAGGAUAGUGGUGACUUUAUCUGCAAGAGCUGCACUGAGGAUGGCUCCUGUUUCAGCUCAGAUGUGGCGUACCACAGCCUGAGCAUGGAAAAGCGUUAUAGAUGUUCUUACUGCCCACAGCGGUUCCUUUACCUUGCCACCAAGAAAAGCCAUGAGAAAAAACAUCUCGAAAAGUCAGGUAAAGGACACAAUUGCAGGCAUUGCUCAAAAGUAUGUAAAUCAGCAGUGCUGUUGAGUGUGCACGAGAGCAAGCACUUCAAGGCAGAAGAUGGAGAAGAUCCAGACAUGACAUGUAAAAUAACCAGUUCACUCUCAACAGGUAAAGAGCGCAAAGGUCAGAUCAAACCUGAGCCUUGGGAAAGCAUGUAUACCAGCUCAGAGAUCAAGCCAAAGAUGGGGGAACCUAUGGUCAUAGAAAGCGGGGGGAAUUAUCCUACAAUCACCAGUGUCUACAAGAAAACACCUUUGUCAUUUCCUUAUGCAGCAGAUGGGUCUUUUACUCCCCUUUCCUCAGAGUUAAAGAAAAAAAGCAUUUUGGAACGUUCUAAAGGAUUUGGAUUUGAGGGACACAGACAGGACUCUGUGAUAUGGGGACAACAGGAUUGACCUCCCAACACAGGUACAACCAAGUAAAGUGCUGACUCUGUCCAGUCUGUCAGCCAAGAAUGCCUGUAACCAAAGGAACUUCCCAACAGCCUACAGUUGCUCAAGUCAGAACAGCAUUUCUGCAAAGAGGAACCUUGUUUUCACACCCACGACAGGAAGGAAAUGCAUCUCCUGCUGAUGUCACAUAGAAUAAUGACGUAAGUGACAGGGCAGGCCUUAAAACGUUUGAAAAAUGGGGGACAAAACGCACAUGAAAGUAUGUGGAGGUUGGCGUAGUGACUUUGCAUUCAAGAGAACUUGUGAGAUGUAAUUUUUGGUCAUUCACAUGAAAUAUUAUUGGUAGUUUUCCAUUUUUUCUAUGAGAAAAGAAGUGGUUUUAUUUUUAUAUGUUUUUAUUUGUCUAAGUCAAGUGGAUCUUCCCUAUUCCAUUGGUCAUUGUGUUGUACCCUAUGCAUCAAGUAAAGUGAACGACUAGCAGCACCUUACAGUAAAGAUAACUGCGAGUGAUUGUACUUUUAUUGUAACAACACUGUUACCACCAUUUCAAUCUAUUUGUUGCACAAAUGCAUUAAUAUCUCUGCUGAUAAUACUAAUAAAUGCUAAAAAACGA